CAGCGAGCUCAUCUCUCACCCCUUGUCCUCUCUCCCUUUCCUUUCCGCUCAAGCCUAGGCCUGUGUGUACCAGAGGGUCGUGGGCCAGUUCAAGCGUCAUCUGUGGAAGCGGACUGAUGACCGCAGGGGUUAAUGGAGGGCACCCAGAGAUCAGAGCCAAGCCUGGCCAGGAAACCAGCGAUCGCUCGCUACCCAUUACACCAGCAACCUCCCUGGAUACUUAGUGCCUUGUGUGCAGUGCAGCACUUGUUGACACAGGCAGCCCUUCUCCAGAUAAUUCAUUGGCUACUGAUUGAAGCUCUUCCAGCCAAUCAGAGGGCACGCCAGCAUGGCUACCAGUUCAUGGCGACCAGCCUCUUCUCCAGUGGCAUUUGCACACUGUUACAAACCACAUUGGGCAACAGAUUGCCGCUGGUCCAGGCUCCAUCUUUUGAAUACUUAAUCCCUGCUGUGAUUCUUAUUUCGCACCCCAUGGAAGCCAACGUCACUCAUUAUAACGGUACGGACCUGGUGUUCUCGUGUCCUGGAACACAGUGCCCUGAGACAGAAUUGGGUCUACAGACAUGGAGAAGUGCCCUCAGUGAGGUACGAGGAGCGGUGCUUGUAUCGGGAAUAGUCCAAGUCCUGCUGGGAUUCUCGGGCGUCCAGGGUCUGUUCACCCAGCACUGUGGUCCAAUGGUGCUGGCGCCCAUGCUCUCCAUUAUUGGCCUCAGCUGCCACAAGGUGGCAGUGCUGUUCAGCUCUACGCACUGGGGAGUCUCCGCUUUAUUAGUUCUCCUCGUGGUGCUGUUGUCUCAACAUCUGCGAUCCUGUACCGUUCCGAUUUGGAGGUGGAGAAAAUCCAAAGGAUUCGAUGUUUGCAUUCGUUUCCCCAUCUUUAGAAUAUUUUCGCUGUUCCUGCCGAUCGUUUCUCUGUGGAUCCUGUGCGGGAACCUGCGGGAAGGAGUUGCCAUGAAUCCUUAUCCGGGUGGAGUUUUCCAGGGAAUCCUCGGCACCAACGGCACGGAGUUGGUGCCGUGGUUCAGAGUCCCACUCCCAGGUCAGUGGGGAGUGCCCAGGGUCAACAUUCGGACCCUUUAUUUGGGAACCAUCAUGGCACUGGGUGCCAGCAUCAGCUCUGUAGGCUGUUACACGAUGUGUGCAAAGGUGACGGGCUCCCUGCACCCACCAAGAGAUUCCUGUAACCGAGGCAUUUGCCUGGAAGGAGUCGGAAGUUGCCUUAGCGCUGUCCUAGGAGGCAUUUCAGGAACGUCAUCCAGUAUUCCCAACAUCGGAGCUUUGGCGCUAACACAGGUGCAAUCCCGGCAUUCCGUUCAGGUUGCUGCCGUGCUGUGUAUCCUGGUUGGAACGUCAGUCAAACUGACCUACUUCCUCACCACCAUUCCGAUGGCCAUCCACGGUGGGGUACUCAGUGUGACGUACACAAUGGCAGUGUCCAUAGGAGUUUCCUAUUUCCAGUACACGAACAUCGAUUCUGGCCGCAACAUCUUCAUCAUUGGAUUUACCAUGUUCAUGGCUCUUCUCACCCCUCAGUGGUUCAGACUCAAUUCAGAAUAUAUCGCAACAGGUGUUACCAGCCUGGAUCUGCUUCUUCUGGCACUGCUGUUGACUCCAGUGAUUCAAGGAGGGCUUCUGGCUUUUCUCCUGGAUAACACUGUUUCAGGGACAUCAGCAGAGCGGGGAUUGGUGGCAAGUUUUCCUGGCUUCCACUUGCGGCCAGAAGGUGAAGACAUUCAUCAGCCACAAGAACUGAGCAGCGUACUUCAGCUCCCUGGUGGUGUUCGCACGUUUUUGAAACACCUAUGCCCAAAAUUCUUUCCCUUCCACAACCUUUGUCCAGUCUCAGAAGCAACACAGGAACGUACAGAUGUUGAGGAAAACAAGGGCUUGCUCCCGGUUCCCAUUCUCCAGGCAAGUUAAGGGGAAAAAAAAAGGUUUUUCAAGGCCUCAAAGACUGUGCUGAGAUUCCAAGUGUUCCAGAUUGACUCUGCUGAGACUAAAACACAACAAGGAAAAAAAGCCCAUGAGUCUUUUGUCUUUUUCAUUACCUUUGCACAUAGUUUGACAUUAACUACAGAGGAAUGUUUUGGAGAUGGGGCUGUUCAGACAGAUGGGUUUGGAUGAAGGAUGCAAGAUUUAGAGUUGGAGAUGUAAAGGGCAUUCGGAUUUCCUGACCUUUUGGAUUCUCUUGGAACCUACAGAGUAAAAAAAAUCUCUGACGCAGCAGGGGAUGGGGUAGACACAAAAAAUAAGAAUUUUCACUGCUUUGGUAAGUUAUAAUAAAAAUUGAGAGUUGGGAAAGAAGAAAAGGGUAUUGUAAAACUUGAGAGAUAUUGUCCAACUGGGUUAAGAAUUACUUGCUAUUAAACUGGUCGCAAGAAGGGUGUAGGCACCUGUGAUCAUGAGUUUUGGGGAUGAACGUGAGAACCAGGAAACAUCCAGGCCGCAUGGUAGUGUAGUAGUUAGUGUAACGCUGUUACAGCACCGAUAACCUGGGUUUGAUUUUCGUCACUGUCUGUGUGGAGUUUGUAUGUUCUCCCCGUGACCUUAUGGGUUUCCUCCGGGUGCUCCAGUUUCCUCCCACAGUCCAAAGGCGCACUAACUAGUAAGUUAAUUGUUCACAUGAGUGUGGGCUCAUUGGGAUAUCAUGCUGCAUCUCUGAAUAAAAAAUAAAAAUUAACAGUGUCAUUUAUCAUGGGCAAAAAUUCCAGGAGGUGGGAAACUGAUGAGGUGAACAGAGAAGAUAGAAAAUGGCAAGUGGAAUCCCGUCUGGAGAAAUAUGAGAUAAUGCACGUGUGGAGGGGAAAUGGGAAAUGGGCAGGGAAAUUUGGAGUAUCGUGUACAGUUCUGGUCACCUGCCUACAGGAAAGAAACCAUUUAGAUUGAAAGAGUACAGAGAAAAUUUACAAGGAUGUUAUCAGGACUUGAGGGCCCGAGUUAUGGGGAAAAUCUUCUCCGACAGGAAAAAUUAGUGAGGUUAUGUUCAUGGAUUCAAUGUCCAUUCAACAAUCUGACGGCAGAGGGGAAGAAGCUGUUUCUGAAAUGUUGAGUGUGUGUCCUCAGGCUCCCAUACCUCCUCCUUGAUGCUAGGACUGAGAAGGGGGCAUGUCCUGGGUGAUGGGAGUCCUUAAUGAAGGAUGCCAACUUUUCGAUGCAUUACCUAUUGAAUGCUGGGAGGCUAGUGCCCAUGGUGGAGAUGGCUGAGAUUACAACCCUCUGCAGCUUUUUGUGGUCCUGUACAUUAGCCCCUCCAUACUAGACAGUGACAUAACCAGUUGGAAUGCUCAUCACAGCACAUCUGUAGAUAUUGGCCAGUGUCUUUGUUGACAUACCAAAUCUCCCCAAACCCCUAAUGAAAUUGAACUCUGAUUGAAAAACUCCUAUGGCUAAUUUUCAAUGGAAUAGCACAAGCUGCAACCGGACUGCAACAAAUGUCAGAAAUCAUGAGGCAUUAGGCGUUCUGAAAGCGGGUGAGAGGGGAGUUGAGCAAUUUUUCUAGUCAGCAAGAGAAUGAAAGAGAGAAGCUCUUUGGUCCAUCCCAUCAAUGUUUAACUAUUAUAACUGAGGUCUGGAAUUCAGCAACUACAGGUGUCAGCAGAAAACUUCAUGGUGUUUAAAAGGCAUCUGAAUGAGGACGAGAAGAACCCUAAUAGUUAUAGGGUCAGAGUUGUAUAGCAUGGGAGCAGACAUUUCAGCCCUGCUUGUCCGUGCUUACUAAGAUGUCUAUCUACAAUCAUUCCAUUUUCCUGCAUUUGGCCCAUGUCCCUCUGUUCCAUCCUGUUCUAAAUCUUUUUUUAAGCACUGUGAUUGUAUUUGCCUCCUGCACCUCCUCUGUCACUUUCUUCCAUUUACCCACCGCCUUCUGUAGUGAUCUGAGCUGGGACCUCUGCUGUUUGUGAUGUAUAGGAAUGACCUGGACAAAAGUGUAGGUGGGUAUGUUAACACGAGGAAUUCUGCAGAUGCUGGAAAUUCAAGAAACACACAUCAAAGUUGCUGGUGAACGCAGCAGGCCAGGCAGCAUCUCCAGGAAGAGGUACAGUCAAAGAGGUACAGGGUAUGUUAGUAAGUUUGCAGAUGAUAUUGAAGAUCUGUGGUGUCAUGGACUGCAUAGAAGACUGGUAAAGAGUACAGCAGGAUGAUAGAUCAGUUGCAGAUAUGGAUGAUUAUUGAGAGAGGUAAUAGAUGAGAUUUCUGGGGCAUUGACCAAUAUCCUUGUGUCCUCUCAAACCAUAGGCAAUGUCCUGGAGGACUGGGGAGUAGCUAAUGUUGAUCCGUUAUUCAAGAAGGAAGCCAGGGAUAAUCAUGGAAACUAUAGACUGAUGAGUCUCAUAUAAGAACAUAAGAAAUAAGAGCAGGAGUAGGCCAUCUGGCCCUUCGACUCUGCUCUGCUAUUCAAUAAGGUCAUGGCUGAUCUGACCAUGCACUCAUCUCCACCUAUCUGACUUUUCCCCGUAACCCUUAAUUCCCUUACUAUGCAAAAAUCUAUUCAACCUUGUUUUAAAUAUAUUUACUGACGUAGCCACUGCUUCAUUGGGCAGAGAAUUCCACAGAUUCAUCACUCUUUGGGAAAAGCAGUUCCUCCAUAUCUCCAUCCUAAAUCUACUCCCCCAAAUCUUGAGGCGAUGUCUCCUAGUUCUAGUCUCACUUACCCCUGGAAAGAACUUUCCUGCCAAAGGGGUUUAGCCCAAAACAUCAACUGUACACUUUCUCUACAUGCUGCCCGACCUGCUGAGUUCCUCCAGCAUUUUGUGUGUGUUGCUCAGAUUUCCAGCAUCUGCAGAUUUUCACUUGUUUAUGACAACUUUCCUGCCUCUAUCUUAUCUGUCCCUUUCAUAAUUUUAUAUGUUUCUAUAAGAUCUCCUCUCAUCCUUCCGAAUUCCAGUGAGUACAUUCCCAGGCGACUCAAUCUCCCCUCAUAGUCUAACCCCCUCAUCUCUGGAAUCAACCUGGUGAACCUCCUCUGCACUGCCUCCAAAGCCAGUAUAUGCUUCCUCAAGGAAGGAGACCAGAACUGCAUUCAAUACUCCAGAUGUGGCCUCACCAGUACCCUGUACAGUUGCAGCAUAACCUCCCUGCUCUUAAAUCCAAUCCAUCUGGCAAUGAAGACCAACAUUCCAUUUGCCUUCUUGAUAGCCUGCUGUACCUGCAAACCAACCUUUUGCGAUUCAUGCACAAGCAAUCCCAAGUCCUUCUGCAUAGCAGCAUGCUGCAAUCUUUUACUAUUUAAAUAAUAAUCUGAUCUUCCAUUUGUCCUUCGAAAGUGGAUGACCUUGCAUUUACCCACAUUGUACUCCAUCUGCCAGACCCUUGCUUGUCCAUUCACUUCACCUAUCUAUCUCUCUUUGCAGGCUCUCCAUAUCCUCUGCACAAUUUGCUUUCCAACUCAAUUUAGUGUCAUCAGCAAACUUAGAUACACUACAGUCAGUCUCCUCUUCCAGAUCAUUACUGUAUAUCGUGAACAGUUGCGGGCCCAGCACCGACUCCUGCUGCACACCACUCACCACUAAUUGCCAACCAGAGAAACACCCAUGUAUCCCAACUCUCUGCUUUCUAUUGGUUAACCAAUUCUCUAUCCAUGCUAAUACAUCACUCCUAACUCUAUGCAUCCUUAUCUUAUGGAUAAGUCUUUUAUGUGGCACCUUAUCAAACGCCUUCUGGAAAUCCAAGUAAAUAUCAUCAGCUGUAGGGAAGUUACUGGAGACAACUCUUAGAGAUAGGAUUUAUGAGCAAAUGGAAAUACAUAGCCUAAUUAGGGAGAGCCAACAUGGCUUUGUGUAGGGCAUGUCAUGCCUUACUAACUUGAUUGAGUUUUUUUUUGACAAGAUGAUGAGGGUGAUUGAUGAAGGUAGAACUGUGGAUGUCGUCUACGUGGAUUUUAGUGAGGUGUUUGACAAGGACCCUCAUAGAAGACUUAUCAAGAUGUUUAUGAUGCAUGGGACCAAUGGUGAAUUGGCCAUUUGGAUUUAGAACUGGCUUGUCCAAAGUAGAUAUGGGGUAGUGGUCAAAAAGACUUAUUCUAGCUGGAGGUCUGUAAUUAGUGGAGUUCCACAGAGAUCUUACUGGGACCGCUGCUGUUUGUAAUGUAUUUAAAUGACCUGGAUGUAAAUGUAGAGGGUAGGUCAGUAAGUUUACAGAUGAUGGAGUUGUGGAUAGCAUAAAUGACUAGCAAAGAAUACAGUGAGAUAUAGAUCAAAUGCGGGCAGGGAUGGAGAAAUGGCAGAUGGAGCUUAACCCGGCCAAAUGUGAAGUUUUGCACCUUGGUGGGUUAAAUGUAAAGAGACAGUACAGUGUUAAGAACAAGACCCUUAGCAGUGUUGAUGGGGUCCAAGUUCUUAUCUCCCUGAAAAUGGCUACAUAGGUUGAUGGGGUGGUUGAGAAGGGAUAUGGCAUGUUUCCCUUUAUUAGUCUAGGCAUUAAGUUCAAGAUCAGGAAGUCAUAUCGCACCUUUAUAAAACUCCAGUUGUACACAGUUCUGGUUGCCCCAUUAUAGCAAGGAUGUCAAGACUUUGGAGAGGGUGUAGAAGAGGAUUACUAGGAUGCUGUCUGGAUUAGAGGGCAUGUGCUAUAAAAAGAAGUUGGACAAACUUGGAAUUUUCUCUGGGGUGGUGGAGACUGAGGGAGAUCUGAUAGAGGUUUAUAGGAUUAUGAGAGAGAUAGACAGAGUAGACAGACAGUACCUUUUUUCCACAGUUGAAAUGUCUAAUACCAGAGGCAGUCUAUUUAAAGUGAGAGGAGGAAAUUUCAAAGGAGAUGUGAGGGUCAAUAUUUUACACACAGAGUGGUGGGUGCCAGAAACAUCAGAGGCUUUCAGGGGAUGUUUAGAUAAAGAGAUGAAUGUGAAGAAAAUGGAAGGAUAUGGACAUUGUGUACACAGAAGAGAUUAGUUUAGUUAGCCAUUUGAAUACUAAUUUAAUUGGCCUAGCACAACAUUGUGGGUUGAAGGACCUGCUCCUGUUCUGUCCUGUUCUAAGGUCUUUUUUCCUAUCUACUUCUGUGUGAAUAAGUUGCCCUUCUCGUACUCUUUAAAUCUUUCCCCUCUCACCUUACAAUUCCUCUUGUUUUAGACUUCUCUACCCUGGGUAUUCUUCAGGGGUGUGGAUCAAGGGCAAGCAAGUGAGAUUAGGUGGAUGGAGGGUCCUCAUUUUCUAUUAAGAAAAGGCAGUGACGAGCAGAUUUGGAGAGGAUGUUUCCUACAGUGAGGGAGUCUAGGGCCAGAGGGCACAGUCUCAGAAUACGAUGACAUCCCUUUAUAACAGAGAUGAGGAGGAAUUUCUUCAGGCAAUAGGAGGUGAAUCUGGGAACUUAUUGCCACAGAUGGUUGUGGAGGCCAAGUCAUUAGUUACAUUUUAGAAACAUAGAAAACCUACAGUACAAUACAGGCCCUUCGGCCUACAACGCUGUGCCUAUCAUGUCCUUACCCUAGAAAUUACCGAGUGUUACCCAUAGCCCUCUAUUUUUCUAUAGUGAAUAUAGGCAUAGUGAAUAAUUUUAAUAGGAAUUAUGAUUAAUAUCAAUGUCUCCAAGUUUUGAUCUAUGUAAUAUUAGUUGGCUUCUAAAGAUAUAAGAGAUUGCACAUGCUGGGAUCUGAGCACAAAAUCAAACUGCUGCAGGACGAUCUUCUUGCCUUACUUCCCUCAAACAGAACAGAGCUAGCGUUCUCUUGGAUUUUAUGCAGAGAUAAGCUCCUGAUUAGUCAGGGCGUCAAAGGUUACCUGGAGAAGACAGGAGAAUGAAGUUAAGAGGGAUAACAAAACAGCCGUGAUGAAAUAACAGACCAGGUUCAAUGGGCCAAAUGGACUAAUUCGGUUUCAAUGUCUUAUGGUGUAGAUAAGAAAAAAGUGGUACAUCUUAAAAGGCUGAGUGCCCAGGUUAUGCAGGAUGGGGGAAAGAGAAGUGGAAGGGAUUGGCGGGGGGGGGGGGCGGGGAGCAAUGUGGAUGAGCUGAGAAGGAGAAUGUGUUGAAAGAGAAGGAAGGGAUGGAAAUAGGAAGUGGAGUGAGGUGGAAGGAAAGGUAACAAGAGUAAGGGAAGAGGAGAUGGAGCACAAAGAAAUAGCAUGCUGAACUGAUACAAUGGCUGUGGAGAGGAUUAUGUGGAACAUAAAUGGAUUAUUUGGUCUGUCUCUGUGCAAUAGACAGAGGCAAAAUUGGCCAGUAGAUGCCACAAUACUCUCAGUGGCUUCUUUAUUUGGUAUACCUGUACACCUGCUCGUUAAUGCAAUUAUCUAAUCUUCCAAUCAUGUGGCAGCAACUCAAUGCAUUAAAGCAUGCAGACAUGGUCAAGAGGUUCAG